AUAAAGUCUACAUCAGAAAAAAUAUAACUUGGUGACCACAAAAAAAUGCACAUUCUAGAUUCAGCUGUCUGUCACACCUCACUUUACUAUACUAAAAAAAUUAAAUGAAAAACUCAUCCAAUGAAGUGAAGAAAGAGAAAAUGAGAUGCAUAGAUAUUAGUUAGCUUUCACCCUAAUAUAAAUACCCACUUCCACACUCCACAAAAACCAAUAUCUUUUUCAAAUAUUUUGCAUAUUUCAACUACCAAAACUAAAUUAUCAAAUCAUUUUUUUUAAUUUUCUUUUUUUGGCGAUGGGGCAUAGUCUACUGGAGGCGUUGAACGUGCGAGUGGUGGGCUCCGGCGAGAAGAUCCUCGUCCUCGCCCACGGCUUCGGCACCGAUCAAUCGGCGUGGCAGCGCAUUAUCCCUUUCUUCCGCCACGAUCACAGGAUAGUUCUCUUCGAUCUCGUCUGCGCCGGCACCGUCAACCCCGAUUACUUCGACUUCCGCCGCUACACCUCCCUCGACGCCUACGUCGACGACCUCCUCUGCAUCCUCGAUGCCCUCCGCAUCGACCGCUGCACCUACGUCGGCCACUCCGUCUCCGCCACCAUCGGAAUCCUCGCCUCCAUCAAACGCCCCCAGCUCUUCAACAAGCUCGUCCUCGUCGGCUUCUCCCCUAGAUUUCUAAACGAUCACAAUUACCACGGGGGAUUCGAGCAGGGGGAGAUCGAGCAGGUGUUCUCGGCGAUGGAGGCGAACUACGAGGCUUGGGUGAACGGAUUCGCGCCGCUGGCGGUGGGGGCGGACGUGCCGGAGGCGGUGAGGGAGUUCAGCCGGACGCUGUUCAACAUGAGGCCGGACAUAACUCUGUUCGUGUCGAGAACCGUGUUCAACAGCGACCUCCGCGGCGUGCUAGGGCUGGUGAGGGUGCCGUGCUCCAUAAUCCAGACGGCGAAGGACGUGUCGGUGCCGGCGUCGGUAGCGUCGUACGUGAAGAAUCACCUCGGAGGUCGGAGCACGGUGCACAUGCUCAACAUCGAAGGGCACCUGCCCCACCUGUCCGCCCCCAAUCUGCUCGCGCAGGAGCUCCGGCGAGCGCUGCCUAGAUAAUACGGGUGGCGUGAAAAUCCGGAGGAAUAAAUGAGGGACAGUUGGCGAAUAAUUGUGGACUCUAAAUUAAGGGGAUGUUUUCUUUUGGAUAAGGAUUUAGAAUACCCAUGUGAUUGUCACGUGAUUGGAUAGUGGUUGCUUGUUUUCUUUUUCUUUUUCUUUUUCCUUUUCCUUUUCCUUCGCUUCUUAAUGUUUUCUUUUACUCUCUUUUUUAUGUGUUUGUGAGCUUAAGGGCAUGAAUAACCUCGUCCUCA